AUGGCGUCCAACGAGAGCUCGAGGGAGCCCGAGAAAGCUGCCGGGGUGGUCAAUGAGGAUCAAAUUCCGAUUAUUCCCCAGAAGCCAGACGACGAAUCUACUCAAGAGAAACAGGGGAAGAAUCCUUUCUUGCGGGUUUUCACUUUCGGUGAUACGAGACUCUAUGUUCUGGAAGCUAUUGCCAUCAUAGCAGCUAUUGGAUCUGGCGUUGCUCUCGCCAUGGUCAAUUUGGUAAUGGGGCAAUUCUUGACGCUGCUUAGCGACUUCAGCUUCUCCGAGGGAGGUUCGAUGCCCAGCAACUUCAUGUCCGCUGUGCAGUCGUCAGCUCUCAAGUUUGUUUAUAUCGGUGUCGCUCGCCUGGUCGCCACAUACAUCUACGCAUCUCUCUUCACCUACGCCGCAUACUUCCUGACGCGCAACCUCCGCCGCAGCUAUCUUCGGGCUGCACUUGGACAAGAUGUUGCCUUCUACGAUAAAGAUGUCUCUGGCUCUAUAUCACAGCAGGCCACUACCAAUGGUAAACUGAUACAAUCCGGUAUCGGAGAGAAGCUUGGCAUCGUCAUCCAGGCACUGUCUACCUUCGUUACGGCAUUUAUCAUUGCAUUUGUCGCACAAUGGAAGCUCACGCUAAUUCUCAUCUUCAUGGUACCGACUAUGCUGAUUGUUAUGGGUGCCGCCGGCGGCAUUGAUGUUAAAAUUGAGACCGGCAUCCUACAGGUUUACGCCCAAGCCAGCAGCUAUGCAGAGAACAUCCUUGGGGGGGUUCGCACGCUCCACGCGUUCAGUCUUCGUCCAAGGGUUAUGGCCAAGUAUGAUUCCUAUCUCCAAGAUGCCUACAGCAGAGGAAUCAAGAAAAACAAGCUUUACGGUAUCGUGUUUGGGGGCCAGUAUUUUGUGAUAUACGCCGGCAUGGGCCUGGCCUUCUGGCAGGGCGUCGCUAUGAUCGACCGUGGCGAGGUUUCUGACCUAGGAACAAAAGCGCUGUUGUUCUAUUUCAACUGGAAAUAUGAAACUGACUACGAUUCUAGUGUCCUAUUCUCUGUCAUCAUGGCUGCCAGUACAGUAAUGCAGGUCAUGCCGAACCUGGUCACCUUUAGUCGUGCAACAACGGCAGCGUCGGAAAUGUUCACUCUCAUUGACAGGACAUCUGAGAUCGACCCCUUUCAAGACUCAGGUUACAAGCCUGAUAAUGUCUGCGGGUCGAUCCGUUUGGAAAAUAUCAACUUUAGCUACCCCACGCGCCCAGAUGUCACAAUUUUGGAAGAUUUUACGCUGGAUAUCCCUGCAGGGAAGGUAACAGCAUUUGUGGGGCCGUCUGGAUCAGGGAAGAGCACGAUUAUAGGUCUGAUCGAGCGGUGGUACAAUCCCUGCGGAGGACUCAUCACUUUGGAUGACAAGAAUAUCAACCAGUUCAACCUCAAAUGGCUGCGGACCAACGUCCGUCUUGUGCAACAGGAACCUAUUCUAUUCAACGAAAGCGUUUUCGAGAAUAUCGCCAAUGGACUCAUUGGCACCCCGUGGGAGGCCGCCUCCGAAGAGGAGAAAAUGCGAUACGUACAAGAAGCUGCAGAACUUGCAUUUGCCCACAAUUUCAUCAAAAGUCUACCGCAAGGAUACCAUACGCGUGUCGGCGAAAGAGGUGGACUGCUAUCAGGCGGACAAAAGCAGCGAAUUGCCAUUGCCCGAAGUAUCAUAUCAAAGCCAAAGAUCCUGCUCCUUGACGAGGCAACUAGCGCACUGGACUCGAAUUCCGAGACUAUUGUGCAGAGGGCCCUUGACAAUGCUUCCAAGAACCGGACGACCAUUGUGAUUGCGCAUAAACUCUCAACAAUUCGCAACGCUGAUAACAUCGUGGUCAUGACCAAGGGCAGGAUCGCAGAACAGGGUAAUCAUGAACACCUUCUCUCUCACAAGGGCGUUUACGCCACUCUUGUCCGCGCUCAGGAUCUUGCACCAACUGUCUUUGAAAAGAGUCAGGAAUCGAGCUCGGAGGACGCAGGCACAACCGAUGAGGUCCCGGAAGAUGAACUUGACAUGCAUCAAGUUCAGACCAACGUCGACACCAAGGCGACGCAUGACCUACAGCUGAUGGCACUCAAGGACCGAGAGGACUACGACCUAUACAAGCAAGCAGGGAUCAUUGUCAAUGUCUGGAAGCUGUUGAGAGGCACGCCCGAAAUAUGGCUUUGGUUUGGCAUCACAAUAGCCACUUGUAUUGGAGGGGCCGCUGUCAACCCUGGACAAGCCCUACUACUAGGCAACGUAAUGAGCGUCUUUACCUCUCCGGAUAUAGUCAGUCGUGGCAACUUCAUAGCCUUGAUGUUCUUCAUCAUGUCACUCGGUGUUCUUAUUGUAUACUUCGUUAUGGGCUGGUGCACGAAUACCAUUGCACAGACUCUUAGUAGAAAGCUGCGGAGCGAAAUAUUGGAGUCGUUCUUGCGACAGGACCUUCGGUUUUUCGACCGUCCUGAGAACACCGUGGGUGCGCUUAUCAGCAAGCUUGAUUCCUACCCGCAGGCAAUCCUAGAAUUGAUGGGAUUCGCCGUCGGUAUCAUCCUGAUGUCUGUCUUCAACGUUCUUGCGUCCAGUGUCCUUGCGAUCGCGGUCUCCUGGAAGUUGGGGCUCGUCGGUGUCUUCGUCGGUCUACCGCCCAUGAUGAUAGGUGGCUAUGCACGUGUGAAGCUCGAAACAACGAUGGAUGACGAGCUUGAUCGGAGAUUAGCUACGAGCGCCUCCGUCGCUUCAGAGGCCGUCCUCGCCAUCCGAACCGUGUCUUCUCUGGCUAUAGAGAACACCAUGUUAAAGAAAUAUGCUGACGAGCUCGACCUCGCAAUUGCACAGACGAGCGGGUCAAUGUUUCAUAUUAUGGCCUGGUUCUCUCUUACGCAGUCCGUCGAGUACUUCAUUCUGGCCUUGGGCUUCUGGUGGGGAUCUAAGCUGAUUGUUGACGGCGAAAUUACAUUCUAUCAGUUUAUCGUAUCUUUCAUGGGUGUUUAUUUCUCUGGCCAAGCCACUGCAUUGGCAUUUAGUUUUGUCAGCAGUAUCACUAAGGCGAACCAAGCGGCCAACUACUACUUCUGGCUUGGCGGUCUGGAUGGAACUAUCCGUGACACGUACGGUAAUCACGACAUAGGACCUGAGAACGGAGAAUACUCCUAUGGCUUCGAAGAUGUGAAGUUCUCAUACCCCCUAGCGCCCGACAAUCGUGUUCUCAAAGGCGUGUCCUUUUCAAUCAACAAAGGAGACUUUGUGGCCUUCGUGGGCCCCUCAGGAUGUGGUAAGAGCACCAUCAUAUCUCUUCUUGAACGCUUCUAUGACCCAACAAGCGGAACCAUAACUGUUGGUUCGUCUGGCCCGUUGUCUUCCAUGAACCCGCUACUCUAUCGAAAGCAAGUGGCCCUCGUCCAACAAGAGCCGACACUGUUUCCCGGAACAAUCCGCGAGAACAUCUCCCAGGGCUUGCCGGGCUUGGGUGUGGCGGAGGUAGCCUCAAAUGACAUGCUUGAAGAGGCGUGCCGAGCAGCCAACUCAUGGGACUUUGUCUCAUCGCUGCCUGAUGGCCUCGACACUCAGUGCGGGACGAGCGGCAGCCAGCUCUCUGGCGGUCAACGGCAGCGCAUUGCCAUCGCUCGGGCCUUGGUUCGAAAGCCCAACGUGAUUCUCCUUGAUGAGGCCACAAGUGCGUUGGACACAGAGUCUGAGAAACUGGUUCAAGGUGCUCUGUCGGAAGCAGCAUCAUCUGGCGACAAAAUCACCAUCGCGGUGGCGCACCGCCUCUCCACGGUCCGAAAUGCUAACUGCAUUUUCGUUUUGUAUGCUGGUAGGAUCGUGGAAGCUGGAACUCACGAUGAGUUAGUUGCAAAGGGGGGUAUGUACGCCAAUAUGUGCGAGGGACAGCAGUUGGAUAGCCAAAUUUGA